UUUCCCUUGAGCUUUUUCUCUUUCUCUCAUCAGAAAUCUAAAACCCUAAAAAAUUCCUUUUUGAUACAUACUGUAUCUAUACAUUCACCGUACCUCAAAAACAAUGGAGAUUCCAUCUCUGAAUAAGCAGCAAGAGUUCACUCUCGCCUCCGUCACUGAUCUCACUUCUUCUUCCUCAUCUCCUUCGUCAUCUCCUGUUGUAGCCACGUUUUCAUGCGUUAAUGAAGUCAAGGAACUCCGAUUUCAGGAAUCUGAAUCGUCUGAUGGUUUCAGUUUUGAUCUUAGUUCAACUCAGUUGUUCAAGUUGGGGCCGCUUCUGUUCAUUUGUGUAUCUGAUCUUUCAGGUUCUGCAAAGGAGAAAUCGUCAUUUUCUCGAGGAGUUGUAAUAAAAUUUAAAGACGACAAGGAUAGCAAGGAAUUUUCUGAUUCAUUUGAGGAAUGUAAAAAGGAUUCUGUUAAACAAGGAUCAUCCUUUUUGAACGGAACUGUUGUUUCAGCUAAUAAAAGCAAGUUCGAUGAUAAGAUAGAGGCUGCUUCAGCCAAAAUGUAUUUCCAUUAUUAUGGACAACUUCUACAUCAGCAAAAUAUGCUACAAGAUUAUGUGCGGACAGGUACAUAUCAUGCUGCAGUCAUGGAGAACCGCUCAGACUUUUCUGGCCGUGUUGUUGUCGAUGUGGGCGCUGGAAGUGGAAUUUUGUCAUUGUUUGCUGCACUGGCAGGUGCCAAGCAUGUGUAUGCUGUUGAAGCGUCAGAAAUGGCUGAAUAUGCCCGUAAGCUGAUUGCUGGGAACCCAUUGCUUGCUGAACGGAUCACAGUCAUCAAGGGAAAAAUUGAGGAUAUUGAGUUGCCUGAGAAGGCCGAUGUUUUGAUCUCUGAACCAAUGGGCACCCUAUUGGUCAAUGAGAGGAUGUUGGAAACAUAUGUUAUUGCUAGGGACCGUUUUCUCUCUCCAAACGGAAAAAUGUUUCCGACAGUUGGAAGGAUCCACAUGGCACCUUUCGCCGAUGAAUUCUUAUUUGUUGAAAUGGCAAAUAAGGCUUUAUUUUGGCAGCAACAGAACUAUUAUGGAGUUGAUUUGACACCUCUAUAUGUAUCAGCCCACCAGGGUUAUUUUUCCCAGCCCGUGGUUGAUGCAUUUGAUCCAAGAUUAUUGGUGGCUCCCUCGAUGUUUCAUAUGAUAGAUUUCACUAAAAUGACGGAAGAACAAUUUUAUGAGAUCGAUAUCCCGUUGAAGUUCACAGCGUCAGUGUGUACCAGGGUGCAUGGACUUGCGUGCUGGUUCGACGUUCUUUUUGACGGGAGCACGGUACAAAGAUGGUUCACGACUGCUCCUGGUGCACCAACGACCCAUUGGUACCAAAUAAGAUGUGUUCUCUCGCAGCCUAUUCAUGUCAUGGCAGGGCAAGAGAUCACUGGUAGACUUCAUUUGGUUGCCCACAGUGCUCAGAGUUAUACUAUAAAUCUAACUCUCUCAGCUAAAAUGUGGGGUCCCGGUGCCAAUCAAGGUGGAAUCCUCCAGACAUCAUCGUGCAAACUCGAUCUAAAGGAACCCUAUUAUAGAAUGUCUCAGCCACAAGUUUACCCUACACAAGAACCACCAGCUCAGUCGCAAGACAUACAUAUACAUAGCGAUGACUUGGAAGAAGUAGAGUUACUACAACAAACCGCAAACGCUCAGCUCUAGAACUAGUAGAACUAGAACCGCUGCUUCUGUCCAUGCCUUUGUACUUUGUGUUUGCUUUCUACGGUUUAGCUCCAACCCUUAAUUUUCAGACAUUAAAUCUUGCGUAUUAGUGUCUGGUUAAACUCUAUUUAAACUAUGUAGCCACGUGGUUUUUGAUCCUCUACAAGCAAAUGAAUCACUCUAUUUUGUGUGCUAA